AGAGUGACUUCUAUUCACUAAAACCAUGUGUCUGAACUGAAGAAGCUGGGGCUCACUUCCACAAAUGUGGAAAAAUGCUAAUCACUGAAAGAAAACAUUUUUUGUCAGGAAGAAUUGCACAAAGUAAGUCUGAAGCAAAUUUGUUUGACAUGGAAGCUGGAAAACUCUCAAAAAGUUGCAAUAUUACAGAAUGCCAGGAUCCAGACUUGCUUCACAGUCGGCCGGAUGCUUUCACGCUUCAUGGUAAUAAUGCUUCCAAAGUUACAAAUCCAUUCUGGAAUCAACUGUCUGCUUCUAACCCAUUUUUGGAUGACAUAACUCAGCUAAGAAAUAAUAGGAAGAGAAAUAAGAUUUCCAUCUUAAAGGAAGAUCCUUUUCUUUUCUUUAGAGAAAUAGAAAAUGGGAAUUCUUUUGAUUCCUCCGGUGAUGAACUUGAUGUGCAUCAGUUACUUAGGCAGUCUUCCUCAAGAAAAUCUGGAAGAUCUAAAAGCAUUUCAGAACUUCUGGACAUUUUAGACGACACAGUACGUUCCCAUCACAGUAUACAUAACUCUGAUCAGAUUCUACUACAAGACUUAGAAUGGCUUAAAAAUGACCGAGAGGCUUAUAAAAUGGCUUGGUUAAGUCAACGCCAGCUGGCCCGCUCCUGCCUUGAUUUGAAUACAAUUAGUCAGAGCCCUGGAUGGGCCCAGACACAACUUGCAGAGGUCACCAUAACUUGCAAAGUAAACCAUCAAGGAGGAUCAGUACAAUUACCUGAAUCAGACAUCACUGUUCAUGUGCCCCAAGGUCAUGUGGCUGUGGGGGAAUUCCAAGAGGUAUCUCUAAGGGCUUUCCUUGAUCCGCCACACAUGCUUAACCAUGAUCUUUCAUGCACCGUGAGCCCAUUGUUGGAAAUCAUGUUAGGCAACCUCAAUACAAUGGAAACCCUUUUGCUGGAGAUGAAAAUUGGGGCUGAAGUGAGAAAGGAUCCUUUCAGCCAAGUCAUGACAGAAAUGGUGUGUUUACACAGCUUGGGUAAAGAAGGCCCUUUUAAAGUUUUAAGCAACUGCUACAUUUAUAAAGACACCAUCCAAGUCAAGCUAAUCGACUUGAGUCAGGUAAUGUAUCUAGUGGUUGCUGCACAAGCUAAAGCUCUUCAGUCACCAGUUGCCACCAUUUGGGAUUAUAUCCACAAAACCACCUCAAUUGGAAUUUAUGGACCCAAAUAUAUCCAUCCCAGUUUUACUGUUGUUUUAACAGUUUGUGGACACAAUUAUAUGCCAGGACAACUUACAAUUUCUGAUAUUAAGAAGGGCGGAAAAAACGUAUCUCCAGUCGUGUUUCAGCUUUGGGGAAAGCAGUCAUUUUUACUUGACAAGCCACAAGAUUUAAGUGUUUCUGUUGUUUCCUGUGAUCCUGAUUUUGAAGUAAAGACAGAAGGAGAAAGGAAAGAAAUUAAACAAAACCAAUUGGAAGCAGGUGAAAUAGUUCAUCAACAAUUUUUAUUUUCUUUAGUUGAGCACAGAGAGAUGCACUUGUUUGAUUUUUGUGUUCAGGUGGAACCUCCCAAUGGUGAACCAGUUGCACAGUUCUCUGUCACUACUCCUGAUCCAACUCCAAAUCUAAAAAGGCUCUCAAAUCUGCCAGGCUAUUUGCAGAAGAAGGAGGAAAUCAAGUCUGCUCCUUUAUCACCAAAAAUGCUUGUUAAAUAUCCCACAUUUCAAGAUAAAACAUUGAACUUUACCAACUAUGGGGUAACCCUGAAGGCAGUGCUAAGACAAAGCAAGAUUGAUUACUUCCUUGAAUAUUUCAAAGGGGACACAAUAGCUCUCCUCGGGGAAGGUAAGAUAAAAGCUAUUGGGCAGUCCAAAGUGAAAGAAUGGUAUAUAGGAGUCCUCAGAGGUAAGAUUGGACUUGUACACUGCAAAAAUGUCAAGGUGAUUUCAAAGGAACAAGUAAUGUUUAUGUCAGAUAGUGUCUUAACAACCAGAAAUCUUCUUGAACAAAUUGCCCUGCCUUUAAAAAAGUUGACUUAUAUCUACUCAGUUGUAUUAACCUUGGUGUCAGAAAAAGUUUAUGAUUGGAAAGUUUUAGCUGAUGUCCUGGGUUACUCACAUCUGUCCCUGGAAGAUUUUCACCAAUUUCAAGCAGACAAAGAAUCAGAAAAAGUUUCUUAUGUUAUAAAGAAGUUAAAGGAAGAUUGCCACACAGAGAGAAAUACAAGGAAGUUUCUGUACGAACUUAUUGUGGCUCUUCUGAAAAUGGAUUGCCAAUGGUUAGUUGCACGUCUCAUCCAAGAAGCUGCUAUUCUGACUUCAGCUGUCAAGCUUGGAAAAGGCUGGAGGGAACUAGCUGAAAAGUUAGUACGACUCACAAAGCAACAAAUGGAGGCAUAUGAAAUUCCUCAUCGAGGAAACACUGGAGAUGUUGCUGUUGAGAUGAUGUGGAAGCCUGCCUAUGAUUUUCUGUAUACCUGGAGUGCUCACUAUGGAAAUAACUACAGAGAUGUGUUACAAGACCUUCAAUCAGCUUUGGACAGAAUGAAAAACCCUGUGACCAAACACUGGAGAGAAUUAACUGGAGCUUUAGUACUAGUAAAUUCUUUGGAGAUUUUGAGAGUAACUGCAUUCUCCACUUCUGAGGAAGUAUAGAAAUAAAGGGUGUGUUUUUGAUGGGAGGGAAAAUAGUAAGGGGAAAAUGAGGUAAUGGUGUGUGUGUGUGUGUGUGUGUGUGUGUGUGUGUGUAAGAAAGAAAGAAUCUCAGAAAAGCAUUAUAUUAAUUUCCUUCAUGUUCAAAACCAAUUUUGUUUUCUGAUGAAAGCACAGCCUAACUGAUAGGCAAGAUGGGUUUUAUCCUCAAAUAUGUAUUUUUGUGUAUGUUUCGAACACAAGUAUUAGGCUGUUUUGUUCUUAGAAAGGAAAGAAAAAAGAAAAGUGCCCUCUCUCUCUUUCAGUGUUAUUUUAAAUUUACUAAGUUAAAGCUGUUUGAAUAAUUACAUCACACAGAUAUCUGGGUAAACUAGAGGCUAUCAACAUGAACAAAGCAGUGUUCCCAGGAGGCAGCUAGAAAGGGGGGAAGCAAGCACACACCCUGUGGCCAGUCACGGCUGACUGCUUUCCACACCUGACCUCUUCAGUUCAUCAGUGGGGUUCGCCAGCAUCACCCCCAUUUUUCAUGUGAAGAAACUAAGGAAUGGAGAGAACGUCUGAGGCUACACAGCCAGUACAAAGUAGGUUUUCUGCUUGAAAACCUAUUUCUAUUUCUUUUUAAAAAAUCAUACUGCAUAACAGAAUGGUAAAAACCAAAUGCAUGUUAAGACUUACAGGGAAACAGACGCCAUUUCAUUUUAAGUGAGACUUGCUACUCUUUUUCAUUAUCUCUUGAAAGACUGCCAGAAGGAAAAUACGACUUAUCAGAAAUCUGUUGUCUGCGUGCAUGGACCUAGUAUUUUCAUCAGCUUCCUUCAGCAUCUUGGGGCCUCUCUAAAUCCUACCUAACUUGGGACUUUUUCUGCAGGAUUAUAAUGUAAAAUAGUUCUUUAGCUCUUGGGGAUUUUUAAUAAUAUGAGUUAUUAAAAAC